UUUAGUUGAUUGCAGGAUGAAGGCAAACUUGAUACCUCCAAGCACUGGUGCUUUUGAUGAUGCAGCUGCUAUUCAAGUUGACACAACAGGAUUUCAUCCACUUCACCUAACUGUUUAAACCUGUUCAUAAUGAAGACUUUAUCAGUUUUUUGUCAGCAGUGGCUUUUAGAUAGGCAAGAUCUACAGCGAGAAAGACAUUCAGAUCUUCAAGUCCUUACUGAAGAGGAGUAUCAGAAACUUAUGAUAUAUUUCUCAAAUUUUAUCCAAGCAUUGGGUGAACAACUGAAAGUGAAACAGCAAGUCAUUGCUACAGCAACAGUGUACUUUAAACGAUUCUAUGUUAGGAACUCUUUGAAAUGUAUAGACCCACUAUUGAUGGCACCUACUUGUAUAUUCCUAGCUUCCAAAGUGGAGGAGUUUGGUGUAAUAUCAAACAGCCGGUUAAUUUCAACGUGUCAAACAGUUGUAAAGAAUAAAUUUUCUUAUGCCUAUCCACAAGAAUUUCCAUACAGAAUAAGCCAUGUUCUAGAGUGUGAAUUUUUCCUUCUAGAAAUGAUGGAUUGUUGCUUGGUUUUAUAUCAUGCAUAUCGACCACUAGUUCAAUACGUUCAUGACAUUGGACCAGAAGAUAAUCUUUUACACAUGGCCUGGAAAGUUGUUAAUGACAGUCUAAGAACUGACGUUUGUCUUUUGUAUCCCCCUCAUCAAAUUGCACUUGCAUGUUUGCACAUGGCCUGUGUCAUCCUCCAGAAGGAUUAUAAACAUUGGUUUGCUGAGCUUAAUGUGGAUAUGGAAAAGAUCUUGGAAAUCACCCGUCAGAUACUGAACCUUUAUGAUCUGUGGAAAAACUUUGAUGAAAAGAAAGAAAUUCCAGCCUUACUGGCCAAGAUGCCUAAGCCUAAGGCUCAGCCGUCCAGGCCACCAUCUCAAGGAGCAGGUAGUUCUCAAAAUGACCCAACCAGCCAAACAGCUUCAAGUCAGUCAUCUUGAAAGUAUGACUUCAAAGAAGUCUUCUGAUUCAGUUUUGUUAAGCAAACAUUAAUCACUUAUCAUUAAUCAAAAAAUUUUUAUAUAAGACUUCAUAAAAUAAAUUGAAAAAUGAGUAGUGACAACUAUACAACUUACCUAAAAAUAUUCUUUCAACAGCUAUUCAGAAUACUUUUUUGUAACUGAUUACAGACUUUACCUUCUGAUGUCUUGGACUGCUACAAAGUAUAUGUAGUAUGCACAACUCAGGUCACAUUGUUGUGACCACUUAAGGAUUAAUCAGUUUAUUGUUUGCUUUUUAACAACUAUAACCUGGCUAUUGCCUAUGAUCAAAACAUGCUAUGAUGUAUUUAUUACAUUUUAGAUGAGAAAGAGAAGUUGUAACUAGUAAGUAAAGUUUUGUAGAUUUCAAACUAGAGUAAGGUGACAGUAAACAAGUAUAAACAUUUAAAAUGUUGGCGUUAGAUGAGAUGAGAGGAAGUUCUGGUUGGAGAGAAAAGCUAUAUACGUUUAUCAGCCUCAGAUGAGAUGACAUUAAGGCUUUUCUAAGAAAGUAAACAAAUGUCAGAAUGGAAUGAAAUGAUGAGAGACUGCAGUUAGUCAAAAUGUUUACUGAGCAGCCUCAAUGUGAGUAGUAUGAGCAGCAAACAAGUAAAAUAAGGUGACAUAAGGCUUUAGUGAAUUAAAAAAAAAAACUUAUAUAUCAACUUCAGAUGGUGUAGCACAUCAGAUAAAUAAGGUGAUGAAAGCUAUAGUUUGUACAAAAAAGUUCUUGGUGUAAGAAAAAGGCUUAAUGAGAAAGUCAAGCUACACAUGUAUUAUCUUUAAAUGAAGAAACAGGAGACUAAAUAAAAAAAUUACAUUCUUCAGCCUAAGAUAAGGUGAGAGAAAGCUUUAGUCUUCCUGUACCAGUAAAGCUGUAUAAAUAUCACAUUUAGACAUUGUGAGACAAGUUUUUAGUAAACAAGCUAAGAAAGUAUUAGCCUCAUUUAAGUUAACAAAGAUUUAGUGAACAGUGAAAAAAUGAAAUGUAAAUAUCAACUUUACAUGAAAAGGCAUGAAGCUUUAGUUAGCAAUUAAAAUUAAGUAAAUAUUAGUAUUAUAUAAGUGACAAGAAGAUUUAGUAGCUAGAAAAUGAAACUGUACAAUUAUCAGAUUCAUAUAAAGUGAAAGGAAUAUUAAAUACUGAUGAAAAAUGGUUUCCGUAAGCAACUUGUGUAAAUGCUAGACUAGGAUCUCACAUAUUUUAAGCUUCAUUAAUUGUUUCAUAUCAUGUAAUGUAUAUUGUAAUAAUAGUUUUACUACUAUAGUAUAUAAAGCCUGCAAGAGUUAAAAAAGAUUUGUAAUUUUUAACUGAAUUUUUUGAUAUAUUGCUAUUAUAAAUACAUACACAUGCAAACAUAUAUAAAUUCAUACAUAUUUGCAAAAGUAAGAAAUGUAAAUGCAACCCCCACACCCAUAGCUUAAACUCAUUUAUUUCAUUGAUUUUUCAUUAAAACAUUAAGAUUGCUCUUUUCAGUGAUAAAAGCAAUUAACAUAUUUAAUUCUUCCUUUAUUAAAGUUAAUUCAAAAAAAGUACUAAAACUGUUGGAAAUGUUAAAAUAAAGUAUAUUUAUGGCUGUGCAAUUGACUUUUCUACUAGUGAUUUUAAAAUUGUAGAUAGUUUAAAUUUCAUUAUAUUGCUUAAAAAAUUAAAUACAUGCACUCUUCAUGUUUACAUCUGGAAGUACUGCUCUGAUGUAUGAGCAUCUAAGAGUGAUUAUUGUAUUUAUAACAGUAAUAUUUUCUUCUUCAAUUAAACAGACUCAUCAAUUCAUUGAAAUUUGACUUCAUGAACUUUUUAUCUUUUUAAAAUCUAUAUACAAUAUUCAAAAUCUCAGGAAUUACUUGUGAAGAAGAUAUUUCUACAUAAAUAUCUUCAUUUGUCAGUGUAUAUAACAUCAGUGAACUAUCUUGCAUGAUUUAUUCACGAAAACUAUAAUAUUUAGUUAAUUCGUCAAGCAUGCUUCUGUUUUUAUGCAGUUAUAUGUAACCAAUACUGAAUUUGUAUUAUGUGGUUUUUUUAGAGAAACAAAUCAUUAUAUUACUUCCUUUUUUAUUUGUAUUAUUUUUAUUAUAAAAUCUAUUUAAUUUACAUUCUUAUAAUUUACAAAAGAGUAAGCCAAGUUGAGGUAGUCAACUUUAUAUUUUAGGUGAACCUCAACAUUCAACACUUUGAUAUAAAGAUCUGGAGUGAAAUUUUUACAACUGUAUCAAAAUUCAUAUGCAUAUUGUGAUCUUUGUCUUUGAGAUAGAAUCUUGUAUUAAAAAAAGAAGUCAAAUCAACAAUUUUACUGAACCUAUAGGUAAUAAGAUCCAACAAUGAUGCUUAGUUUUAGUUUCAUAUUGAAUUAUGAAGUUGCAGUUACUUGAAACUUUUGGAUUAAGUUAGUUAUAUCUUAGUUACAUAAAUUUAUAAAAAAUGUCAAUUUACAGAGUAAGAAAUAUUUUUGUAAUAAAA